AUGGCGUCCCGCGCCGUGCUGGCGCCCACUAACAGCACCGUCGACUCGGUGAACAGUUAUGUCACCGACAUCUUCCCGGGCCAGGCCGUGGAGUGCCUCAGCGCAGACGCCACCGUCGGGGAGGAGCAGGAGCCGGUACCCCAGGAGUACCUCAACGGGCUGUGUGUGCCGGGCCUCCCGCCUCAUCACCUGCUUUUGAAGCCCGGCAUGCCGGUCAUCCUGCUCCGAAACAUCGACCCGGCCAGGGGACUGUGUAACGGCACCCGGCUCCUGGUGGUGGCCGUCCACGGCGGCCGGCUCCUGGAGGCGACCGUGGCCUGCGGCAGCGCGGCCGGCCGCCGGGUUCUCAUCCCCCGCCUGACGCUGCAGCCGCCGGACGACGCCUUCCCGUUCGAGUGGCGGCGGCGCCAGUUCCCGGUGCGGCCCGCCUUUGCGCUCACAAUCAACAAAGCGCAAGGUCAGACGCUCCGGCGGGUGGCCGUCCUUCUGCGAGAGCCCGUGUUCGGCCACGGACAGCUCUAUGUUGCCGCGUCCAGGGUCGGCCGCUGGCGGGACCUGCGCUUCGUCCUGCCGCCGGGCAGCGGUGGACGGACCGCCAACGUCGUCUACCGGGACGUGCUGUGA